AUUAAAAAUAGGGGAUGAAAAUAAAAGCGGUCCCGGUGUUUCCAGCAGCCGGAGGGGCGGAGCGGCUCGGCGCAGUGAGUCUUUGCGGGGGGACGGAGCAUCUCAGACGGGAUGGAUCCUGUCGGUAAACGGCGGCCUCUGCGCUGAUCUCCGGCCGGCCGGUGUUUGUGUCCGGUCCGCCGGUGAAGAUGUCGGUGUCCGGGAUGAAGAAGCAGCUCCACAAAGCCAGCCAGCUGCUGAAUGAGCGUCUGAUGGGAGCUGAGGGAACAAAGAUGGACGAAGACUUCCUGAAGAUGGAGAAGAGUGUUGAAGUCAUCCAGUGUCUGCUGGUGGAGCUGCUGUCCAAAACUAUAGAGUUCCUUCAACCAAACCCAGCUGACAGAGCCAAGCUGAGCAUGCUCAACACCAUGUCCAGGAUUCGAGGUCAGGGCAGGACGGUGGGUUACCCGCAGACAGAGGGCGUGCUGGGAGACUGCAUGUCACACUACGGCCAGGAGCUCGGACCUGCUUCUGAAUUUGGCGGUGCUCUGACUGGUGUGGGUGAAGCUCUGCAGCAGGUUGCUCAGGCCAGGGACACUCUGGAUGUCAACGUCAAACGCACCUUCAUCGAUCCUCUGCAGGAGCUCCACAACUCAGAGCUGAAGGAGAUCAAGUUCCAGCUGAAGAAGCUGAACGGUCGACGGCUGGACUUUGACUACAAGAGGAGACGAAGAGGGAAAGUCCCGACGGAGGAGAUCCAACAGGCCUGGGACAAGUUCAUCAUGUCCAAAGAGCUGGCAGAGAAGAGCAUGUUCAUGCUGCUGCAGAGCGACGUCGAUCAGCUCAGUCGUCUGGCAGCUCUGGUCACUGCUCUGCUGGACUUUCACCGCAACGCCCACCGCACCCUGCUGGGUCUCCAUGGCAACCUGCAGGCUAGGCUGACGGCUGCCAGUAACAAACCAGAGCGACGGUUCAGAGCCAAAAAGUUCAGAGUCAGAAGUGAGCACAACGGCAGCAUCAUGGGAUUUUAUCACCAGCCGUCUGUCACAGCCACAGUCCCCUCAGGAGAUCAGUUCACAGUGUUACCGUCCAGACCCGGCAGUCCCAUCUCCUGCCACGCUGACAGUAAGCUGGUCCUGGAUCAGCCCUGCUGCCGGGCGAUGUACUCCUUCCACCCGAGCCACGAGGGCGAGCUGAGCUUCAACGAGGGCGACGUUAUCGUCCUCACCAAUCAGGUCGACUCCAACUGGUACGAGGGCGCGCUAGGCAGCCGGUCGGGACUAUUCCCCGUCAGCUAUGUGAACGUGCUGGUGCCUCUGCCGUUACCAUGACAACAUAUCAAAAACACAUCCACGUGACUCCACACUGAACAAAUCAGAUCGUACAUGUUGAUUUGAUUCGUGUUCGGCAGCAGGAGCGUGUUUUUUAGGUGAUAUGCAACUUUUCAGCUUCUUAUUUGCACUUUUUUCACAAGCGGCUCAGCGGACGACUUGUCUAUGUAACUGGGAAGGAAGGCCAUAGUUUCUACUGUAGAGCACUUUAGUUUCUGACCUCAUGUCACGCUUUAAAGGUCCAGUGUGUAGGAUUUAGGGGGAUAUGUUGGCAGGAUGGAAUAUAGUAUAAUAAGUAUGUUUUCUUUCGUGUAUAAUCACCUGAAAAUAAGAAUAAUCAUCUUUUCGUUACCGUAGAAGGAGCCAUUUAUAUCUACAUAGGGAGCAGGUCCUCAUCCUUGGAGAUCGCCAUGUUGCACCGCCAUGUUUCUACAGUAGCCCAGAAUGGACAGACCACACAUUGGCUGUAGAUAGGGACAUGCACAGAGACAUGAUUGUAGAAAUUGUUGAAUAUAUUUUGGCGCACGCCAUUUCGGCUUUUGUCCAUAUGUACAUUUUUAGUAUGGAUGCUAUGCACUCUUUUAUAAAUAAGAACCCUGGUCUGUUUGUUGUGUAGAGGAAGAGACCUCUGCAGAUAAUUAGGCUCCUGGUAAAACCCUCCUGAAUGUCUGGAUCCUAAGAUAUCAGAGAAAAAAGGAGAGCACAGAUUAGCACAUGCUGGUUGAAACACCUAUCUCUGAUGUGCCAAACAGCAUUGGAAAAACACCAAUUUGUAAAGAGAAACUGCUUUAUUCAGAGUUUUUAUCAGUUUAAAUGAACUGGUCUGUUUGUUUUGGAGAGGAAGAGACCUCUGCAGAUAAUUCGGCUCCCGGUAAAAACCUCCUGAACAUCUGGAUCUUAAAUUAUCAGAGGAAAAAAGGUGAGCAUAGAUUAGCAUGUGGUGGGUGAACCACUCUUCUUCAAUAUGUCAGAUAGCUUUAGAGAAACACAGAUUUUUUAACAUGAAACUGCUUUAUUCUGUGUUUUAAUUGGUUGAAAUCACAAGGUCUGUUUGUUUUGUAGAGGAGGAGACCAAUUUGGCUCCUGGUAAAAACCUCCUGAACAAUGAACGCUGAGGGAAAUCUAACCAGGAGACGUUUCAGCUGGUUGCAGUCUAUAAUCCUCACCGCUACAUUCCAGGAAAUUCCCCUAAAUCUUACACACUUAACCUUUGAAGUAUCAGUCGCUACAGAGAGGCUCAGUCAGUAAAUACGACAUUUUUAGACUAACGUGUGAGUUUCCCUUUAAGACUUUUACCUUCAUUUCCUGCACAAACUUGCUCCUGACUUCACAUCACUGCACAUUUCUAUUUAAAUACACAUCAGUCUGAUACUGCCUGCACUUUUGUGUAAAAUGGACAGCAGACUGCUGAUAGAGCACUAUCUGGAUACUCCCACGUCCAGAGUACAAUUUCAUGAUAAGUAUAAACUAAGUUUAAUGCACACUGCUGUUGAAAAGUUUGUCAUGUGCAACCACAGAGCCUGAUGUGGUCCUGCCAGAUGUGUGAGAGGACUCCUCUAUAUGUGUGAAUGGUUCUCUGAUGUUUUUACAUUGUAGAAAGUCCUCUUUACAAGUAGAUGGUAUUUAGUAUGAAGGUUUGAUUUGUACACAGAGAACAAAUCACUGUCAAAUGGCUCAACUGAAAGAGACAAAGAUCCCUCUGAGCAACAGUUGAAUAAGAACAGAAGAAAUCAGCAGUCAUUCAUAAAAGAAACUGGAAGCUUGGCAUCAAAAUGUGUGCAGAUUUAAACAGGAACAGGCUCCAAGUGUUCAGCUGCUACAUAACUUUUCAACAGUAGUGUGUGUCUAAAGCAUGUACAGUAUGAUGGGUGGUGUUUUGUGUUUUGGGCUGACAGCAUCAUCAGUGUUGUUCACUGUGUGCAUGAACUUAAAGCAAAGUUAUUGUAAAUUGUUUGCACUUUAUCUGAAGCUUUAUUAGACUCAGGUUAGGAAAAGCUUAAUCGGUAACGCUGCCAUUUUUCAACCUGGACUCUAUUUUCUGUGGUUUUGUGUCUAAGUCACUGAUGGAAACAACAAUUUUUGAAAUGUGCCCAGUAUUGACAGAGGCCACUGCAGCCAGCAGCAGUGAAGCA